UCCAUAUACACAGAUAUCGGCCGGAACCUAUGACGAACACCACCAGUUGUAUUCUUAACGACACACCGAAUACGCGUAGUCGUUGAAUAUUCAUAAAAUGAGCUGCGGUACUCAAACGCUGAAAAUCUCCUCCUUUAUUUUGGACUUUCUGUGCUGUGUCUUUGGUGCACUUUCCAUAGCUGCAUGCUCCUAUGCGCUGAUUGUCUUUCCUCACUCCUCGGCCAUACGUAUACCCUGCAUUUUGGGCAUUGUGCUGGGCAUUCUGCUCUUUGGGAGCACCAUCGUUGGCUGUGUGGCGGCCCUUCGCGAGAGCAUACGUCUCAGUUGGAUUUAUGCUGCUAUUUUAUUGGCAUUGGUAUUCGCUCAAAUUACCGUUAUAUUCGCACAACCCAUCAACUUUGAGCUGCUCGCAAAUGAGACAAUAUACAACGCCUGGCAGCAGCAGCUCUAUAAUAAUGGCACCAUGUCCUACUACGAGAUUAAGUACCAAUGCUGCGGCAAAUCGGGACCCUUAGACUAUGCCGCCAGCGGUCUACGAAUACCGCCAAGCUGCUAUUUAAACCAGAACACGUCGAUUUCAAUGGAUCUAUUUACAAUUGGUUGCGACAAGCGACUGGCUGCUGCCUUUGUCACUGGCACGAGAUAUGAGCGCAUCAGUGAUUGGUCUGUUGUGGGCCUGGAGACACUUACUGUGAUGGUUACCGGACUGUUUGCCAUAACACUACAAAAUGCAGAGCGUAGACGUCCUUACCGUUAGUUCAAAUAAAUAAGUUAAAUUUUAAACAGUAUUGGAAGCUCUACAAAUAUAACCUACAUAUCUGGAUAUAAUUGUA